UAGUCACAGUGACAGGAAGAGACUUGUUUUCAUAAGCUAGGUCUUGGAAAUUUCAACCAUUUUUUUUCCCACUGGGAUAUUUUCCUGGUAAGAUUAUAAUCGUGCAAUAAUGACAACUUUGGAUGACAAGCUCCUGGGUGAGAAGCUGCAGUACUACUGCAGUAGCAGCGAGGAUGAAGAGACGGAUCACGAGGAUGAGGAGUGCCAGUCCAAGAGCAUCCGGGACCAGGACACGCUGGAGGCAGAGAUCGACUACAGCCCCGAUGGCACCGCUGUCAACACCGGCCCAAAGGGCGUGAUCAAUGACUGGAGGAAGUACAAGCAGCUGGAGACGGAGCAGCGGGUGGAGCAGCAGAAGGAGAUGGAGCGCCUGAUCAGGAAGCUGAGCAUGACCUGCCGGUCCAACCUGGAUGAGGAGGCAGAGAAGCAGAAUCAACAGGAGCUGCAGGACAAGAUUAACGGCAAGGUCACUCUGCGGGUCGAGGAGGAGGAGGAGGACGAUGACGACGAGGCCUUCCUCCAGCAGUACCGGCAACAGCGCAUGGAGGAGAUGAGGCGGCAACUGAGUGGUGGCCGCCGUUUCGAGCGCGUGAUCGGCGUCUCCUCGGGCGAGGAGUUCCUGCGCGCUAUCGAUGAAGAGGGCCGCAGCACCUUGGUGCUGGUCCACAUCUUCGAGCCAGACGUGCCAGCCUGCCAGGCGAUGGAGGGCAGCCUCCUCUGUCUGGCUCUGCAGUACCCCCAGGUGAAGUUCUGCCAGGCGAGGGGCUCUGUGCUGGGCACCAGUGCCCUGUUCCGGAGCUCCGCCCUACCUGCCCUCCUGCUGUACCGCGGUGGAGAGCUGGUGGGUAACCUUGUGCGUGUCUCUGACCAGCUGGGUGACGACUUCUACGCCACAGACGUGGAGGCGCUGCUGCAGGAAUAUGGGCUGCUUCCAGAGAAAGCCCCGCCAACGCACUCCACCAUCCGCAAUGCGGCCGUCACACAUGCCAGCGACUCGGACAGCGAUCUGGAUAUAGACUAGACGUGCAGACACAUGCACAGAUAGGUGCGCACACAGAGCUGAUUCACUAUCGCAUAAUGAGCAGUUGAGGUGACCAAGACAGGACUCAUGUCUGUGUAUAAACACACAUGUAGAUACACCAACUUUCAUGGUGCACUUUAAUCAGAACCCUUCUAAUAUUUUACUGUAAUCAGCCAAUAUGAGGUAAGGUGAGCUUUAAGUUACACUUAAAUCACUGAAUUAAAUAAAUGAGCAGACAAAUAUGUGGGUCACCACAUAAUUAUACCAGAAACCUGUUUAUUUACCAUGUAUUUCUUGAGUGUGAAUUAUUUAGUUUCUGCUGUAUGCAAUUCAGGAGGCAGAACCAGUCAUAAACAUCCAUGCAUGUGUAUCUAUUUAUUCUACUUUUAGUUGAUUGAGUUUAGUUUUUGUUUUGAAUGUGCAUUGUUUUUCCUUUUAGAUAUGAAUUUUGUUCCAGAACCUAGUUUUAUACCUUUUAUAAAUGUUCCCACUAUGUCCACAAUGAAUAAACCUGUUUGUGAUGUUCA